GCAGCUGAAUUACAUCCCUGUCCCUGUCCAUCGUGGGCAAAGCACCAUAUUGUUAGCUGCAGCUGGAACUCCUCCCAAUCGCUGCCUGGCGCGGCGUAGCCAAUCAGAUUGCGUGACAAGGCUCGGAAGGUCGUGUGAGGAAGGAAAGCGUCGAAUGUGGUAGGAGCCAAUUGCGGGAAAAGACGCGGGCGUUCAUGUGAGGAGAGGAAAGCGCGGCUGUACUCUGAGGAGAAGUGAGCUGUGAGGAGAUUGCUGCGGACACUCUCGAGAUAUUCCUUGUGCUUGGCUGCUAGUGCUGCAAACUUACAUACCAGUAGUGUACAGCUGUCAUGAAAUCAGCGGAGGACCAAGUAGUGGAAGAAGCAGGGUUUGAUGAUGAGGAAUCUUUUUUCCAAGAUAUCGACAUGUUGCAAAAGCAUGGCAUUAAUGUAGCAGACAUUAAGAAGUUAAAAUCUGUGGGGAUAUGCACCGUGAAAGGUAUUCAGAUGACCACCAAAAAGGCCUUGUGUAACGUAAAAGGUCUGUCUGAGGCUAAAGUGGACAAGAUCAAAGAAGCUGCAAACAAGUUAAUAGAGCCUGGGUUCCUGACCGCAUUUGAUUAUAGCCUCAAGAGGAAGAUGGUGUUUCACAUCUCUACAGGAAGCCAGGAACUUGACAAGCUUUUAGGAGGGGGAAUUGAAAGUAUGGCAAUAACAGAGACCUUUGGAGAAUUCAGAACUGGAAAAACCCAGCUGUCUCAUACACUUUGUGUAACUGCACAACUUUCUGGACAAAAUGGAUAUUCUGGAGGAAAGGUGAUAUUUGUUGAUACAGAAAAUACAUUCCGCCCAGAUCGUCUCCGAGAUAUAGCUGACCGAUUUGGUGUGGAUCAUGAUGCAAUGCUAGACAAUGUUUUAUAUGCCCGAGCAUACACAAGUGAACAUCAGAUGGAGCUUUUGGAUUAUGUAGCAGCUAAAUUCCAUGAAGAAGCUGGUGUUUUUAAACUCUUGAUUAUUGAUUCUAUUAUGGCUCUUUUUCGAGUGGAUUUCAGUGGUAGGGGCGAGUUGGCGGAGAGACAACAAAAAUUAGCUCAGAUGUUGUCUAGGCUUCAGAAAAUCUCAGAAGAAUAUAAUGUUGCUGUCUUUAUCACUAAUCAAAUGACUGCUGACCCUGGUGCAACAAUGACCUUUCAAGCUGACCCAAAAAAGCCAAUUGGAGGUCAUAUACUUGCUCAUGCUUCCACAACAAGAAUCAGCUUAAGAAAAGGUAGAGGGGAGCUACGCAUUGCUAAAAUCUAUGACAGCCCAGAUAUGCCAGAAAAUGAAGCCACAUUCGCUAUCACAGCUGGUGGUAUUAGUGAUGCAAAAGAGUGAUAACUGCAAGCUUUCGAAGAAUUUUUAUUCAUAAGGUUUAACAUUUAGAAUUUUUUUUUUUUUCAGUUUAUGCUUUUACUUUAAAAUAGAUCUAAUCUCAGUCACUAAAUAACAUGUUCCUGUAAUUUUAAAAGUUGUCUUUCAUUUUUUUUAUUUAUAUGUAGCUUUAAAUAAUAUUUGGUAACUCAGCAAUGAAAAUUCUUGUUUAUGCACUUGCUUUAAUGAUGUGACAACUGUCAGCCAAAUGUUCUCCUGCAUUGUCACCCUGUCACAUAUGCCCACAAUUGUGAUUAUUAGGGUUUGUAUUAUUACACAUUACACAGCCAUAGUACAUAUUUUUCAGUAUCAGGAACCCAAUCCAGAGCAAUGUUGUACAGCUGAUGAAUGUAGACUGAAAAAGUUUGGAUUAGGUCAACAGCAUUGAUGUGAAAAAAAACAAAAAACUUAUUUUAUGGAAAAAAGUUUAAUUAUUUAUGCUAAACAAAGGUUUGGCAAACAAAAUUUUUUUUGUUAAU